AAGAGUGUAGGAGAGAGCAGAUGGAGUCUAGCUGCAUGCCUGCUGUACUGAGCUGGACUGAGACACACGCUUACUCACAACAAAGGCCACGACUGUCUGGGUGCUGUUGUCUCUAGACUCACUGGUGUGCUCCACUGAAUACAGACUGUGAAGAAGCUGAAAAGGCUGUGUGUUUGGAACAGAGCCAAUGACCAGGAGGCUAAACUGAAGGAGAAUAAGGCCACAGAGAAUUUAUAAAAAUGGGGGCCAGUUUCCCGGAGCCUCUCUCUGAAUUAUGGUGGCUCAUACUGCAGCCAUGCCGGACGUGAAGGCCCCUCCACCAUGUGACUACCCCUCAGCGGGCUGCUCCCCCGGCCAAGGCCACGGCCUCGCGGGCUACACCUGCACCGCUGGUCUCACCAUGGAUCUGGAGCCCUGCCUCAGCCUCACUGACUUCCCCCUGCCCCAACCCCUCUCUGGCUUCAGAGGCCACAGCGUACCCCCCUACCCGCCCUUCCCUGGCCAGUGCCCCUUCAUACCACGGUCUAACAGCAGUGCAUUACUCACUAACCUGGGGCUCCGGUACUGCUCCACCAACAGUGUGCAGCACCCACCCAGGGGUCCUGACUCUGGGCUGGAGUUAGGGUCAGGGUCAGGCCUGCGGCUGGACCCAGGGCCCUGUUGGAACAUGAACCAAGGCUGUGGAACUAGACUCUACCGCAGCAUGGAGAACUUGAACUGGAGUAAUUCUGUGUCUGAACCAGGCCUCUACUGUUCCCCUUAUUGUGCCCCCUACAGGGGCAGUGUGGACAGUGGGUUCAUCUUCCGCUGCACUGCCACCAGCCACUGGUACGAUGGGCCCUCGGAGGGGACAGGGCCCCAGGGCUACGGUCCUGAGAGCCUGGCGUUCUACCCCCGCCUGGGGAGGGGUCUGGGAGGGUUGGGGAGGAAGGAGCUGCCCCUCUUCCCCCAGUGGCUGUUCCCCGGCACAGAUGACUGGGGGGUGAACACUACCACCAAUGGCAGGAAAGGGCUAAGGGAGAAGCUCCGCCUCCAAAGCGCCAGAUCGGCAGCAGAACCCCUGAAGCCUCUUCGACCUCAGGUAACCCCAGGCAGUACCACUCCCAUCCUGAGGGGGUGCUCAGAGAGGGACUCAUCCCCCCACCAGAGGUACGUUGGGAGACCUCUGUAUGUCCGGCACCUCACCAGCCCUGAGGAAAUCAAGCAGGAGGUUCUAAGACGCCUUCAGCUCCGCCGGCAGAACAGCACCCCAAACCUGGCCCUCCAUGCCUCCCUGGAAACCCCUCAAACCCCAGACAUGGCCAUGUCCUUCACCACCGAGUCCAUCUCUGUCACUGGAAGUAGUGUUGAGCUCAUAGCCGAGCGUAAGAGGCCCCCUAUGGGCCGCCUGCACAUCCCUACCUUCAAGGAGUUUAAGAGGAUGAGACAGAGAGAGGGAGAGAGUGGACAGACAGAGAGCAGGAGUAAUGCUACUACAGUAACAACUAUAGACCAACCGCCAGAGACUGGUACAGGCAGCCAGAGCCCAGGGACAGGCAGCCAGAGCCCAGGGACAGGCAGCCAGAGCCCAGGGACAGGCAGCCAGAGCCCAGGGACAGGCAGCCAGAGCCCAAGGACAGGCAUAGACUGUAAGACUCAGACAGCCCCAUUGGGACGGCGAGACUCUCAGUCCUCUCAGGAGGAGGAGAGGGAGAACGAGGAGAGGAGAGGCAGUGAAGAGAGGGAGGAGAGGGGGAGCGAGGAGAGGAGAGGUAGCAGAGAGAGGGAGGAGAGGGGGAGCGAGGAGAGGAGGGGCAGUGAAGAAAGGGAGGAGAGGGGGAGCGGGGAGAGGAGAGGCAGUGGAGAGAGGGAGGAGAGGGGGAGCGAGGAGAGGAGAGGCAGUGGAGAGACUCCCACAGCCAGCACUUUGCACUCAUCCUCUCCCAUCUUCACUGGCCCUACUCCCCAGCUAAAAGCCAGCAUUCAGACCACAGUCUCUAACAAAGCUAUAUGCACAGGCCCUACUCCCCGCUCUCCCCUCCAGCCCUCCAGUAAGACCCAGGGGAAGGGGACCGUGUAUCAUACCCAGGCCCAGGACAGAAAGCCUAAUGUGGGGCUCAGUGUGCCUUGGGCCUCCCAGGUCCCCUUCCCUCCUCCACACAGGGAGAAUGCAGAGGGCCCCUCCAGCUGCUGCCCAGCCCUGCUCUUGGACAGGACUGACCUCUCCAGCUAUGGAGCCAAGAUCUACAAGAUGAAGGAUGGGUUCAUCGGCUCCGCCCUGGACAUCAUCAAGAAGAGCUGCAGUGCAGAGAUUGCAGCGGCAGAGGCCCCCGUCAGGCUGUCAGGUGACCAGGACGACAGCGCUAACAUCGCUCCCCCACCAGAUUUUCAAUCCUCCACCGUCUCCAUGACAACCGCGACGGCCUGUGGAGAGGAGGCUUGCGACAAGCCUGCAGCAGGAGGAGGAGAAGAACUAACUGCAGAAUGCCAGCACUCUGGCCUGGGCUGCAGGCGCUCCAGCUCGGACGCAGCCUAUGAACCGGCCGAAUCGGUGAGGGCCCAGCGCGAGUGCCGCCUCCGGCCCCACUACAGCGACCCCAUGCCGGCCGACGCCGCCAAGCGCAAACAGCUGGAGAUGAAAAUCGCUGCCGCUGCACGCCUCCACAGCCAGCGACGGGACAGGGACAGCGCUCCUGCCUCGGUGCGGGUCCGUUCUGAACCCCGCGGUGAAGAGCGUCUAGGGAGUCUGGGUGUGACGCGUGGUGGACAGCACCGCUGGAGCACCGUGAGCAGCCUAAGUGCCGACAGUGGUGUAGUGGGCCUGUGUGACGACCGCGAUGAUGACGAUGAACCCCGGAGAGUACACCAUAGUGGAGGGGCCGAGGUGGAAAGGGUGGACAGCGGGAUUGGACCCUGCCUGGCCCGCGUCUGGAAGAGACCCUCUGCCUCUCUCAGGGCCUGGGAGGCCCAGAGACCCUGCCCAGACUGUGGCCAGAGAGACGGGCACGGGGUGGCCCGGACAGAGGGUGAGGGGACCGGUAUGUGUGAGCGCUGCACCAAGCUGAGGACGGAGAGGAAGGAAGCCAUCUUGGAGUUCCUGAACACGGAGUCAAGUUAUGGAGAGGACCUAAGAAUAAUCAAGGAGGAGUUCUACUGUCCCAUGCAGAGCGCCGGGCUGCUGACCCCAGAACAGCUGACCGUGGUGUUCAGCAACGUUCAGGAGCUCAUAGACGUCAAUGAACGCUUCACUGAACACCUGCAGGAAAGCAUCGACCAGGCCUUCGACCAGGGAGAUGAGGACCUGCUAACAGUGUGCAUUGGAGAGAUGUUCCUGGAGUUUGUCAACAUGCUGCCAGCCUUCCAGACUUACUGCCUGCAGCAGUCCACCUCUGUCAACAUGCUCAACACCCUGGAGAAGGAGAAAGAACUGCUGAGGAUCUUCCUGGACGUGUCCCAGAAUGACAACACAGCCCUGCGGCGUAUGAACCUGCGUUCUUUCCUCAUGGCUCCCCUUCAGAGGGUCACCAAGUACCCCCUCCUCCUGAGCCGCAUCAGCAAGGUCACCAUGGAGUGCCACCCCGACCAUGGCCGUCUCCGAGAGGCCAAGAGCCGCGUGGAGUCUCACCUGGAGCACAUCAACAUGAAGACCAAGCAGGAAGGAACCCUGACCUGGACUCUGCGUUCCUUUCGCCGCGACAGCCGCAAAAACCGCGAGGUCAUUAACAUCGAGAUGCGGGAGAUGUCCAUGAAGACUGUGGGCUGGGCCAGGGAGAACACACGCUUCGUCAUGGAGGGGCCCCUGCAGCUCUCCCAGCCUGCAGACGGACAGUGGGUGAAGAAGGGCAGUAAAGGCCUCAAGUUCCAGAACAUCCAGAGUCUGUUGAUGGUGCGUACGCAGCGGCCUGGAGAGGGUCUGUCUCAGACGGACGUCGAGGCCAAGGUGGAGCAGCAGGAGCACGGCGUGUGGGACGGUGUGCUGGUGCUCAUCAAAGACAAGAGCAGUGGGAAGUUCACCGUGCUCAGAGAACCCAUCCACCUGGCCAACUGUGUGGUGUCGGGCGACCCUGACUGCGAGGACACCUUUGAGGUGCUGGACAUACGUAAGGAGGCCUUUGUUUUUAGGGCCUCAGAUAAACCCCGGACGCAGCAGUGGUUCCGGCAAAUCAAGAGGUAUACCCGUGACCUGGGGCUGUGGAGGAAGAGGCGUAACGCACUCCCCAAUAUUAUGAUGAACACAAACCAGGGCAGGUCCUGAGACUGAGGGACACCGUUUCCCUGGCUGGAUACCAGUGUAAAUAGAUGUACUACUACUGCAAAAAGAAUUGACCAUGCUUCUGGAUGGUGGAGCGAUUUGUUUCUGAGGUUUUAGGGUGGGGUUUGUGAGGUUCCAUGUUAUGAUGAGGAUAGCACUUUUUUCUAAGAAAAACUGCAAGUGCACCAUACUGUAACGAAACGUAUGAAGGUAUAGUUUUUAGCUUCUGUCUAAAAAUGAUCAGCCACUUGGAUGACCAAAAAAGGAGACUUGGUUGGGAACACUGCUGGCCUUGGUUGUCAAAACUGUUUGCUCUUGAAGAAAGAGAUGUUUUCAGUAUACUGACUGACUGGUGUCUGUGUUGAAAAGCAUGGCUGAAAUUGAUGAUUGAAAAAACAUGACUCUGUAAUGCUAAUGAAAAUGCACAAAUUAGUGAAAAACUACUGUUAAAUUAUACAAUGGGGACUUGGACUACAGCUUAGUAAAAAAAGACAGGAACUUUUAUUUUACCUGACUAAGGUAAGUCAAAAUCACUGGCCUCUUCCCCCUUUCUUUUGCCCUCUGUGUCAGAAGCAAUGUCCACUGCCAGCAGAGAUCCGAGAAAUGGCAUCCAUAGUAGGAAGUCCGUCAGUUACUUACUACUAUGGAUGCUGUGCAGACAGUGUCUGUCAGACAGUUUGAACCCAGGGUUGUGGACAUACUUGUAUCAGAGGAGGCUGGUGGGAGGAGCUAUAGGAGAACGGGCUCAUUGUAAGCACUUAAAUGGAAUGAAUGGAACAGAGUCAAACGUGGUUUCCAUGUUUGAUGUGUUCGAUACCAUUCCAUGUAUUCUAGCCAUUACAAUGAGCCUGUCCUCCUAUAGUGCCCCCCACCAGCCUCCACUGAUUUGUAUCACUGUGCUGGGUGGGCUCAAGUCACAAAGAAGCAAUAAAUUGUGCAAUUUUAGCUAUUUAUUUUAGUUUCUCCACAUCUGGUCAGACUUCGUAAUUGUGGGAAAUCGAGAGCUUAUUAUCACACCUAUGACUGGUGGAGACAGUAGCGCCAGUCAAAUGUCUUCACAGUAGCGCCAGUCAAAUGUCUUCACAGUAGCGCCAGUCAAAUGUCUUCACAGUAGCGCCAGUCAAAUGUCUUCACAGUAGCGCCAGUCAAAUGUCUUCACAGUGUGCUGUUCCAUGACAAUCAGAUGGGGAAAUUGUGAGGUUUUUAUUUCACUCUAAAUGAACAAAAGCAUUUCUUCUGUUGCCAGUCACAGUAAUGUUGAUAAAACUAUGAGUAUCUGGAAAUGGUCAUCAAGUUAGACCGCCCUCUUCCCCGAGGUAUCAGCAGAAAGACACUUAAAAAGCCUGCUUACAUAGCCUGGUUAUACCAGUGUGAACACUACAUUCACCAAUCUGAAAUGUAGUGAAAUCUUUUUGGAUGCCAGAAUUUACAGGCAGUUCUAUUCCAUCCAUCGGCUGCUAGUGUUCCUACAUUAUGUCAUAGAUUACCUGUGCCCCUAUCUCAAGUGUGACUUCCCUUCUCCUAAAAUCUGUUUGUUUGUGUCUGAUGUUUCUGAAUCUGAAGGCACUUUAUAAUUAAGACUACAAAGUAGAUCCAUAUUAUGGUGUGACUGUCACUCUUCAACAACGCUAUCUGCCAAUCAUGAUUUCAAAAGCUUUAUUCUGUCGGUUGUGUUGUUUAUUCCACAGAACUCUUUAUGUUAGGGAAACAUACAGGACCACAGCUGACUACAUACAGCAGGUCAAGGCAAUACUUCUUAUCAAACAAAUCUAACCUCCAUAUACUGUUUAGUCUGAUUGUGUUUAGUCCAGGAGUAGCAUAGGUUAAGGGAGGUAGUGAAUCACUGUUUUUGGACAGAGAAUGAUGUACGGAGGGGACUACUGCCUGUCUCUUACUGUUCAUCACCUUCCAAUGGCGCUAGCACUGUUACAAUCAUAGAAUUAGAAUCUCAUUCUAUUUCAAGAAUCUCAUUCUAUUUGUAUCGUUUGAAUUCUUUCAGCUUCCAUCUUGUUCCACUAAAUGAUUACUACCGUAUAUGGGAAGACCAAUGCUGUGUAAACAUUUUGAAAAUAUCUGAGACCUGCUGGACUGUCAAACGUUUUUCCUCUGCAUUUUAGACCUGUGAUAUUUCCUUUAUGUAAGAUUUUGUGAAUUAUAUUAAAAAAUGACAUGUUAAAUA